UUCUAGUGGCGUUUUUCUUAUUCGCGUAAUUGGGCUGUCCUCUUGUUCAAUUUUGAUCCUUUACCAGUAUGCUUUGAGUUCUUGACGUUUUUUUCACUUUGUCCCGUCUACUUCCGGUACUUCGAAUUCGAUCGCGUCAUCGCUUGACUGUUGUCGCACGCCCGCAUGAUUUCCACCGAGAUUACUAUUGAUAAUGAAUUUUCUGCGUCGCUGACAAUAGUUUUGGAAAUUUAUUUUUAAGAUCCUCCGCUAUAGUUACAGUCAAUCAAUUAUGAGGUCUGUUUUUUGUUAGACACUUGCUAACAGAAUGAGCGACCAGACAUCGGACCCGCCGCUCGAAGAGACCGUAGGCACACAUGCCUCCACGGCACAGGCUCCUGCCGAUCAAUCGGCGCCAAAUGCUCCUCCUGUGACGGCUACGUGGGCACCUCCUAUCAAUCAACCGCGUCAACAACAAGAGAACAUGAGCCCGUUACCGUCACCAGAGUUGUCCGCGAACGCGACCCCUUCGGAGACGGGGGAGCCAAGGGCACCGCCACUGUUAACACCAGCCAAGCCGAUUAUGGGAAUUCAGCCGUUUCCGAAGAAGCAAACUUCGAUUCCAAAGACACCAGGAGGUGGUUCGCCGGCGAUCAAGUCCUCGUCACAGCAGGUGAAGAAUAUUUCAGGAGUUGUACCAAGUGAGCAGAAUUCAGCACCGAGCACGCCCUACACAACAGUGCCGCCCACAGGUCGUGGAUCUUAUGCCAGUAGCGCCUUUGGAAGCACCACGUCGCCCGCGUCAAGCAUGGUGUUGCACGGGACUCCCUUGGGCUCGCUCAGUAAUCCGGAUGGGCUCCGUUCGAGGACCUCGCUUCAGCAGGGGGUCUCGAUUCGGCGGCUGUUGCAGGGAUUUCUGUCCCUAAAGGACCACCCUGCCGGAACCUGGCUUCCAUUUGACGAGACGGAUCUGAGGCUUACGCUGAGUUGCGCACGCGCGCGGUUCCUUGCGGAGCCGUCUUUGCUUGAGAUCCAGACCCCAGUGGCGAUUCUAGGAGACACCCAUGGGCAGUUCCACGACCUUUUGCGCCUCUUCGAGCUCGUAGGGUAUCCUGAUGGCCGAAAUUUUUUAUUCCUGGGGGACUACGUGGACCGCGGGAAGAAUUCACUGGAUGUGAUUGCCACCUUGUUCUGUUACAAAUGCCUCUUCCCCGGUAACAUGUUCCUGCUCCGCGGCAACCACGAGAUGGCCAGUACUAGCAGGUCCUACGGGUUUUACGACGAAGUGAAACGACGCUCCGGGGUGGGCUUGUGGCGACGCUUCGUUGACGUUUUCAACUGCAUGCCUCCCUGUGCACUGGUCUCCAAGCGCAUCCUCUGCAUGCACGGCGGCUUGUCACCUGCGAUACUGGAUUCUCUAGACCCGAUUAGGGAGAUCCGCCGCCCGUGCGAAUGUCCGGAUUCGGGACUGUUAGCGGACUUGCUCUGGUCCGAUCCGGAUAACAACACAACUGGCUUCCGACCCUCGGAUCGGGGCAUUAGCUACGCUUUCGGUGCAGACGUGGUACAGCGCGUGUGCGAACAACACGACUUGGAUUUGAUAUGCAGGGCACAUCAGGUACAUAGAUACGUCUAGAGUUAAAACUACUUUUUAUUUCACGUCUACCUUAAACAUAUUUCAUGACUACUUCGAGUUACUUGAAUCUUUGUAGAAGCAGCUGCGCCUCUACUGGCUUCUCUACGCGGCAUGACAGAAUGAAUAUGACGUUCCUACCAAAAACGUACACCAGGUCGUCGAAGACGGGUACGAAUUUUUUGCUGGGCGCAACUUAAUAACGAUAUUUUCUGCACCAAACUACUUCGGAGAGUACGACAAUGCGGCAGGCAUUUUAGACGUGUCUGAAAAUUUGGUUUGCACCGUGAAAACCAUCCAACCGAUACUUGCGCCAAAUCCACCUGUACCAGUAGAAGUACCAGAGAUAAAAGGCGCUCAGCAGGGAGGUAUAAGUGUCCCUAGUCCGCCACAGUCCUCUGCUGUGCAAGAAAACUAA